GCGGCGAUUGCGUCAUCGAGGAACCAAAGAUGGCUUCACGAUGCGCUUCGGCAGUGCUUAGAUGCGUCAACGCUCAGCUGUCAGUACACACGUUUAUAUGAAAGGGGAGGAAUGAUUUAAAAAAAACAUUUGGGGAAAAGGCAGGCGAGCCGUUUAGAUUUAUGUCUAGCCAGUUUAUGCUGGACUUGGGGUUUUUAACAGUCAGGGACAAUGGGUUCGACUACAAAUGAAGAAUUUAAAGAGAAAUUACUAUGGAACGUCAAAAGAGAAGUGAAGCAGAUUAUGGAGGAGGCGGUGACCAAGAAGUUUGUACAUGAAGACAGCAGCCACAUUAUUGCACUUUGCAGCUCCAUUGAGGCUUGCUUAAGUCACCUGCUGAAGCGAAGAGCGGCCGGAUUCCUCCGCAGCGAUAAGAUCGCCGCCCUCUUCACCAAGAUCGGGAAGGUGAACACCACGGCGAGUGAGAUCUGUCGCAAGGUUCAAGAACAGCUACAACAGCAGGCCGAAAUCGCCAGGAGGACUCAAAGCACAGGACAGGAGGCCCUCAGGAGGCAGGGCUCCUCUGCCGGACGAGCACCUCAGCCACUCUCCGCACAGGCCAUCAAGCACAUAUGGGUCCGCACGGCCCUCUUCGAGAAAGUCCUGGACAAAGUUGUGCAGUAUAUUGUGGAUAACGCAAGUAAGUAUUAUGAAAGGGAGGCCCUCAUACACGACUCUGUGUUCGGCCCUAUACUGGCGGCACUGCUGGUUGGGCCUUGCGCUCUGGAGUACAGCAAGCUUAAGACGUCAGAUCAUUUCUGGACGGACCCGUCGGCCAAUGAGCUGGUCCAGAGGCAUCGCAUCCACGGGGCCCACAGGGGUCAGGAGGUGUCGCCGGGACGCAGGCCUGCACUUGGGAUCCGAAAGCGUCAGUCCUCAGGAAGCAUGUCUGAGGAUAAGUUUGCGGCCUCGGCGAGAGAGUAUGUCGAAUCCCUGCACCAAAACUCACGUGUUCACUUGCUCUACGGAAAGAACAAUGUACUCGUUCAACCGAAGAAGGACAUGGAGGUGCUGCGUGGUUACCUGUCCCUUCAUCAGACGGCAGAAACACUGACGCUGAAGUGGACGCCCAAUCAGCUGAUCAAUGGCACUCUGGGAGACUGUGACCUGGAGAAGAGUAUUUAUUGGGACUACGCUUUGACUGUGCCUUUAAGACAGAUCGUCUGCAUUCAUUGUCACCAGCGCCCGGACUGUGGUGGUACUCUGGUGUUAGUAAGUCAGGAUGGGAUCCAGCGUCCUCCUCUGCACUUCCCUCCUGGGGGCCACCUGCUGUCGUUCCUGUCCUGUUUGGAGACAGGCCUACUGCCCCGGGGUCAGCUGGAGCCCCCCCUCUGGUCCCAGAGGGGUAAGGGCAAAGUCUUCCCUAAGCUUCGUAAGAAGAAUAGCACGGCUCGUUUAGUAGAUCAAGACGUGGAUGGAGAGGAGCAAAUCGCUGCAGACUACGUGUUUCGCAUCGUUUAUCCAGGGCACCGUCACGACUCAACAGUCACUAUAAACUACCACCACACCACGGGCAGUCGUGCGCCCUCUCUGGACGACGAUGAGGAGGAGGAAGAUAGACUUCACGCUAUGAUCUCUAUGAUCUGCUCACGGAACCUCACAGAUCCUAAUGUCAUGAAAGACCACGGGGACAUGAUGGAGAUGCAGGGUUUUGGCGGCAGCCCGUUGUCAUGGCAGCAGUGCGAGUACCCCAGUCAUAUGUCAUCUUGUCUGUCCUGCUCCACAGGGGGCAGCAACGCUUCCGUCGAGCUUCCAGCGAGCUGCACCUGCAUGCAUGACCGUAUUCCACUGAAGAUGCUGUGCCAAAAUAUGAAGAGACAGAUUGUGUCUCGAGCGUUUUAUGGCUGGCUGGCCUACUGUCGGCACCUGUCCACUGUGAGGACGCACCUUUCAGCGCUGGUCAACCACAACAUGGUCCCUCCAGACAAGCCCUGUGAAGCCUCUGGAGGGCUCAGCAAAGAUGUGUGGAGUAAAUAUCAGAAAGAUUGUAAGAAUUAUAAGGAGCUGGAGCUGCUGAGGUUGGUUUACUAUGGAGGGGUGGAGCAUGAGAUCAGAAAGGAGGUGUGGCCGUUUCUGCUGGGACAUUACAAGUUCGGGAUGGACAAGAAAGACAUGGCUCAGAUUGAUGAAAAGAUCACUGCAAGGUAUCAGCAGGUGAUGCGGGAGUGGAAGGCAUGUGAGGUCAUUGUGAAACAGCGGGAGAAAGAGAUGCAGUCGGCCAUCUUUGCUAAGUUGUCAUCAGGGAGCAGCAUAGACAGCCACGUCCUCAGGCUCAUCCAUAGGGACUCCACUAUUAGCAAUGAGGUAUUCAUGUCUGUGGAUGAGCCUGAUGCAGGCGGUCACGACACCUCAUGUGAAGGAGGGAAUACUCCCACCUUAACCACUGUGGUCACCCCGGCCAUGUUAGCCCCGGAUGAGAGGCCUCUGGUGGAGUUUGACUCUCCAGACUCAGGCCUGCCCUCCUCCAGAAACUACUCCGUAGCCUCUGGACAUUCCCAAAUCAUGUCCAGCAUCGAAGACGGACAGAGCAUGGAGGAGGACACUACACCCACUGGGGUAUUGGAGGAGCAGGGUGGACGGGACUCUUUGAGCGAGGACAAACUCUGCAGUCAGCUGGACAAGCUCGCAACCACCACUGAGGGCUCUACACCAUCUCUCUCCUCCUAUACGAUUGAGCUGUUGGACAGGGUGGCGCUGAACUUGCACAGAAUAGACAAAGAUGUCCAGCGCUGCGAUCGCAACUACUAUUACUUCACUACCAGCAACCUGGAGAAACUGCGCAACAUCAUGUGCAGUUACGUGUGGGAACAUCUGGAGAUUGGCUAUGUGCAAGGCAUGUGUGACCUUCUAGCCCCUCUGAUGGUCAUUCUGGAUGAUGAGUACUUGGCCUACAGCUGUUUUACUCAGCUGAUGAAAAGGAUGAGUCAGAAUUUCCCUACCGGAGGAGCCAUGGACACUAAUUUCGCCAAUAUGAGGUCACUGAUUCAGAUCCUUGACUCAGAGUUGUUUGAGCUCAUGCAUCAGAAUGGAGAUUACACCCAUUUCUACUUCUGCUACCGCUGGUUCCUCCUGGACUUUAAAAGAGAGCUUCUCUAUGAGGAUGUGUUUGCAGUAUGGGAGGUUAUCUGGGUCGCCCCUCGCAUCUCCUCCAAGCACUUUGUCCUGUUCAUUGCAUUGGCCUUGGUGGAGGUGUACAGAGACAUUAUCCUAGACAACAACAUGGACUUCACUGAUAUCAUCAAGUUCUUUAAUGAGAUGGCCGAGCGCCACGACGUGCAGCACAUCCUCCAAAUAGCGCGGGAGCUGGUACACAAGGUGCAGACCCUAAUCGAGAACAAGUGAGAACAAGAGUAGGCUGCUGCCCACCUCGCCGAAUCUCCUUCUCUCCUUCCCAACAGCCCAAGGCUUGAGACUGCCCGGGAUCUGCCUCGACGUCUUGACUCUUUGUAUCGUUUGCCUGCCGCAGAAUGCCGUUGUGUCAGACCCUGGCGUUGUCUGCAUGCUCGUGGUGUUUGAGCACACUGUGACUGAGGUUUUUUCUUUUCCAUUUCCUGCUGUAAACACCUCCAGCACACGCCGCACCAAUCAGGUCCUUUUUAGAUCUGCUUUUGUUAGACAUGAGAAGCCUCGUACAGGGGUCGCAACCGACAAAUGUUAUUAUUCCACUCUUAAUGGAGACAACGAUAAUGUCUGCCUCGAAUAAAACACGCCGUUGGUCAGUUUAGCCGAGCACAGUUUUUGAUCCUCAAACGAAACUGAGUUAGCUCCUUUAAUAACCAAGCCACGAAGAAGUCGUCCAAACAAUGUGUGACCAAAAGGACUGUGCUAAUAACCUUGUAUUAGUAUUUAUUGUUUAGUGUCUUAAUUGCCCCUUUUCGUUGACGGGGAUGACGACGACGAUCUCGGAAUAAAAGUAGUUGACGUUGCCUUUGUAACACGUUUCACCACCUGUGUCCAUACUUUUGCACUUUGAAUCUGUCGCACCUGUGAUGCUCCUUUAUCACAGGAAGUGAAGGGGUUGAGGUGCUCGCGACACUUCCCUUAUUGUCCUAAAGUCUGGAAAGGGUCCAGACUCUUCCACGGGUCAGCAAAUGAUGGAAAGAGUGUGACAAGACUAAUCAGUCUUUAGUGUGUUCCAUUUUAGAUGCUGGUUGUCUUUAUCUACUCCCCACAUGCUUUGUUCACUCUGCACAUACUGUACACUACUGUUUAAAAGUUUGGGGUCAGUAAGAUUUUUCUUUUUUUUAUAUAUAUAUAUAAAGAAAUUAGUACUUUUAUUCAGCAAGGACACAUUCAAUUGUAUUACAAUUUUACAACAUUUCAAAUAAAUGAUGUUCUAUAUAUCAAAAGCACAAGUUUUUUAACAUUGAUGUUAAUAAAAAGAUAGAGAUACGCCAAUCGCAGUACCAGUUAUCAAAUCAAUCGGACUGACUGUUGUCUAGCUAAUGCUGUAGCUAAUGUUUUUUAUUUUAUUUUAUAGCACCACCAAGUGUCCAGUCGCCGUGUCCUUUUUCACGUGACCACAGACCAAGGCCAUACAUACUGUAUACGGUGAAAUUAUCACAUUCCGUUCAAUAGGAAUAAAUGCUUUAGUAAAAAUGGCCACGCCCACUUCGAAAUGUUGGUGUCCGUUAAAAAAAAUUGUUUUUUAACUAUUGAUAUAUUGACAUUCUCUUUCUGCGAGAGAAACCUUUCUGCACUGGUUUGGUUCCGUUUCGGCGAAAAACAAAGGACUGGUUGGCAAAAGUAGUUUUUUUUUUUUUAUUUGUUUGUUUUUUUCUAGAAAAAUCCAAAAUACCCGAAUAUUUUGCCAUGACGGGUGACUCCGAAUCCGAGAUGUGGAUUCCAAACCAAGGAUUCCAUUGACACUUGAGCCUGCGAUGAAUGGUUUAGAAUUUAUGAGCUUUUACAUAUUUUGUAUCGCUGUAGCGCCACCAUCAGGUCGAUUGGAGCGAGCCAAGGUGACGUUCUAGGCUACUACCAUCCCUCACAUUUUCAAGUCUCUAGGACUUACAGUUUGGUCUGCCCGAUCACUCUUAGGGGAGAAUGCUGAUCCUUGGAAAUUCUAACAAUUACAAAUACAAACAUCUUACCAACCCCAAACUAUUAAACAGAAGUUAACAUAAAUCCUGUCCCUAUUUUCAUGUCCAAUCUUUAUGACAAGUGAUGAACUCGUACCAUGUC